CUAUUCCCUUCGCUUGCCUAUAAGCCACCGGCCUUUUUUUCUUUUAUUCCAAAACACUCCUGAGCCACCAGACGCGCCCUCCUAUGCCCGCUCCUCUGCGCGCACUGCCCCGCACGCUGUGAGGCCAAACAUGGACGCGACCGCCGCCACCGCCAAGCGCAAGCGCGCCGCCACCGACAUCGCCGGCGCCGACCCCGCCCCCGCCGCCGCCGACGAGGCCUCCGACGCCGAGGUCGAGGAGUUCUACGCCAUCCUCCGGCGCAUGCGCGACGCCUCCCGGCGCAUCUGCGGCGCUGGCGCCCGCCCCGCCCCGCGCGCGCCGGCGUGGCGGCCCAGCUUCUGCUGGGAGGACUUCGCGACCCCGCCGCCGCCGCCGGCCACGCCGCCCGCGCAGGCGCGUCCGGACGAGCCCGCCGCCGACGCCGCCCCGCCGGCGCCGCAGCCGCGCGCCGGUCUCGACCUGAACGCGGAGCCGGAGCCCGAGGCGCCGGCCACGCCGCGGGCGGCGCGCGUCCCGGCGUAGCGCCCGGCGCUGCACCGCGCCAAGGAGUCUCGGGGACGCUGCACGUACGUCAGCACGUGCGUGGGCGUCCGCGUCAGCUUCGCUGUUGGGUGGUGGCCGGUGAGCGCUCACCGGGGCGGUGGUCGGCAUCUGCCAUCUGCAUCUCCCGCGGCGCCGUGGUUAGUGGUUACCCUCCUCGCUGAUAAAGACCCGCCAUGUAAACGGUAAAUCGGUAUGGUAAUUAGAUGGCUGGAUCUCCCUCCCUUCUCCCGCGUGGGCAGGCGAGACCGGUUAAUGGGUUGUAGGCACGCCUGUUAAUCCCAGCAGUUAAUGUACCGUCCAAACGUGAAGAAAUGUCUUGUUAUUCGUUGUGUCUGAUC